AAGUACCUCGCGCCCUAUUUCUAAGUCAUCCGGGCUUUAUCACUUCGCAUACUAUCGCAUGCUAUCCAGUCCAAUUUUAAGAGUCUUGAAAGCAGAACAAUUCAGAAAGCAACGACAUGCAGUCAAGGUUAUUGGACACGACAGCUAGGACUUCAAUUCGUAUGUUGUCUGCAGUCUAUCGUCGUAAUCUCCAGCGACGAUUUUGCGCUGCCUCUAGCGGUCAGACCGCCGACCCAGCCAUUCAUUCCGGUGAACGAGAAGCCGGCCCUGCGGUUCACAAAGGAGAACCCCAAGGGAUUAAGAGCUCAAGAAAUACCAAAUUUGCGGAAACAGAGCACAAACCCAAAGAAGACGAGUUUCUCGAAACUCCCAAAUCUCCGUAUGAAUCUUCGGCAAAACUGAAGAGUAACGGGGUGAACCAGCGAUUGGAUCCAACGUUUCAGCGAAAGCGGAAGCAGGGAUCCAAAGCCUCUGAAGACGCGAGCUGUGCGGGUCUCGAUGGAAGCCCCUGGCCGAAGGACAGUGGAAAGGAUGAGAGGAACAGGGCGGAAAAGCUGGAGGAUGAAAGAGAAUACUAUAAACAUCACAAAGCGUCACCCUUGUCGGAAUUAGAGUUCGCAGAUUCCCGGAAGCCGUUUGCGCGGGCGACGGAUGGGACCGCCAACUCUGGAGCAGGUAGGGAUGUGAUUGGUUGGCUGCCGGAGCAGCUGGACACGGCGGAGGAGGCGCUCAGGAGGGCUACAGAGAUAUGGAGACAGAAUGCUAUGCGUGGUGACCCCGAUGCACCCCAUUCAAGGGUUCUUAGGACUCUUCGGGGCGAAGACUUUUGA